GGGUGGGCCGUGGCCAUGGCGGCCGAACCUCCUUCGCUGGAGGAGCGGCGACGGCUGCAGGCGGAGCUGAGCGAGUUCGUGGAGAGCUGCUGGCGGACGCUGGACGAGGUCACGGCGUCGCUGGGCUGGAGCCUGGAGCAGCUGGACGCGGCGGAGGAUGAAAUUGUGAUAUGUCCUUAUGAUUCAAAUCAUCGCAUGCCAAAAUCCUCGUUAGCAAAACAUGUGGAAUCGUGCAGACUGAGGAAGCUGGGCUACACCAAGGAAGAAGAGGAAGAAAUGUAUAAUCCUGGUUUUUUCUAUGAGAAUGUAAAAGUACCUUCAAUUACUUUGAAUAAGGACUCACAAUUCCACGUCAUUAAACAGGCUAGAGCUGCAGCGGGGAAGGAUGGCGAGUGCAACCAAAGAAUCUAUUCUUCAGCGCCUGUUGAAGUUCCUCUGAACCACAAACGGUCUGUUUGUGAUCUGACCCAAGCCGAUCGCCUUGCCCUCUACGACUUCGUGGUUGAAGAGACCAAGAAGCAGCGCUCCGAUUCCCAGACCAUCGACAACGACACUGAUCUCUUCGUGGACUUGGCCGCCAAGGUCAAUCAAGAGAAUAGUCGAAAAAGUCCAAAAUCUUACCUUGAAAUCCUGGCAGAAGUGAGAGACUACAAAAGGAGGCGUCAGUCCUACAGAGCCAAGAAUGUCCACAUAACUAAGAAAUCGUACACUGAGGUGAUCCGGGACGUGAUCAGCGUGCACAUGGAAGAACUCGGUAACCACUGGAAAGAAGAGCAGGGCAAGGCCGAGGGCGGCGCCACCAGGAAGGAAGAGCGGCGGUCAGCAUCGGCAGAUUCGCGACAGUCUGCUGGCAGCUACUUUGACACUGAGGGUUCCCGGAGAAGGGGUCGGAGUCGGAGCCCACACAAGAGAAAACGGAAUAAAGAGAAAGACAAAAGCAGUGAGUCGAGAAGAAGGAAGGAGAGGGAUGGUGAGAGACACCAUAGUCAUAAAAGAAGGAAGCAGAUGUGAUGUGCGCGCGUGCGCUCGUGGCCGCCUGGGGAACGCCUGUGUGGUGGAUUGGUGCUCACUGUUCUUCAGUAAAUUCGUGUGCUUCAACUGACUUUGAAGAUUUGCUGCCUGGUACUUACUUUGUUUAUGUCUUUUUGGGCAUUUAUUUAAAGUAUAUAAAUUAUAUGCUGUUACUUUUUUUUUAAAUUUUAAUUUUUGAUGUUAACAAGAAUAAAGGCCCCUGAGGACCACUGACCAGGGCAGUGAAGGUUGCAGUGCAGAGGAAGGUGGGUGGGACAGAUGCUCUCCAUUUUCCUUUAUGGCCUGUGUCAGGGUGUUGGGGAGGGGCUGCUCCCAGCUGCCAGACUGCACCAGUGCCUGGCGGUGGGAUGUUCACGUGAUGUGGAGAAUGCUCUGAGGGUAUUGCGUGAGUGGUUUUGAUGGUUCCAAGAUGGUGUUGGUUUUGCUUCUGUGAUGCUGAGAAAAUCCUUCCAAGGUCCAUUGGCUGACAGAGUGCACCCUAGCACAUCCACUUACCCAGACACUUGCUGGAGAGUUGUCCAACCUGUUCUGUUCUCCAUCGUGUGACAUGGCACUCCACAUCCUCUGCCAACCCCAAUGAGCUGGCCAUCAUGUCCCCGUUAUGCACCUGGGCAUGCUGUCCACUGCAUAGGCAUCAGCAGUCAGGAGGGCCUAGUGCCAGUAUGUGCAUUCUAAAGUCAGACCACAAAUUCUAUGACUGCCUGUGGCCGGAGUUUUGAGUCCAAUGGUCCGAUUGGGGAUUCUCCCAAGAAACCUCCUGGGGUGGCCCCAGAUCUGACUCACAGGGUCUGGUUCAGUCCAUCACCCAUAUCAGCUUGGACUAGUUCAUGUGGCAGAGCGAGCUCAGCUGCAACACUGUUAGGUAUAUCUGAGAACCCAACUGGGAUGUGGCACAGACUAGUCUGUCGCGUAGACUAGCACGCGCAGGAACAGGGCUGGGAGCAGGCUUGAUAGGGGUUAUCGGGGUCGCCCCAAGUAGGCUGCUGGUAGGUCUGUGGUAUGCUGCGCUGGGCUGCAGUAAGCCUAGGUUUGCAUGGGAUGAGGGGCUGGGGACGGAACUGAGCAGGCAACCACGAUCACCAGUGUGUGUGUAAGCUGAAGCCAGUGGGAACGCAGGCGAGCCGGCUGGGAGAACUGCCUGGCUGACCGUGCUGCCCGCUCCGGGAGGCGCUGCUGGCCCUGCUCCCCGGGAGGCCACGGACGCUGUGUGUCCUUCCCUCGUCCUGUGUCUCUCCAGUUGGCUGUCCCAGGCUGCGGAUGCGGGAUUCCCGAGUGUCCCGACGGCCUAGCGCAUUGUUGAAGCCCCGGGGAUCACGGGAAUGCAGAAUCCGUUACUCCGAGGCGGGGGCAUGGCAGCCCACCUGCGGCAGGUGUCCUGGGCAGGGCGCCCUGGGGGAGCCAGCUGCUCUUAGGCCUCAUGCUCAGUGGCUGAAUGUGGACUGAACUAUUUCAGUGGCCUCCCCACCCAGAGGCCUGGGCGCCGUGGAUAAACCGGAUUAACUUCCAGCUCCCGGCCUUGACUCUGGCCUGACUGCCACUGUGGUGGGCAUUUGGGAAGUGAAGCAUUGGUUGGGGAGCUUGCCCCUUCACACA